CUAGACAUGUAUAUAAUGGUCAUACUGAACGCUAUUCGAGUCCUGAGCGGGACAAGCUUGAAGUUGCGCAUCUCAUUCUGUGCUAUCAGCAGUUUCACAUUCACCGGCAGUCACAAGAGAGCCUUCACAAUGUCAGAACACUUCACUGAACAAAUAGUAUUUAACAAACCAAAGAUUGAGCUGCAUGUGCAUCUUGAUGGCGCUAUCCGAGUGGAGACGAUCCUAGACGUUGCCGAGCGACGUGGGAUUACCCUGCCUGCAUGCACAGUGAAGGAGAUGACACACAUCUGUGUGGUACAUCAGCCUGCCACCCUCACAGAGUUCCUCGGCAAGUUCGCAGAGUACAUGCACGUCAUUGCGGGCGACAGAGAGGCGAUCAAGAGGAUAGCCUAUGAGUUUGUGGAGGACAAAGCCAAAGAGGGGGUGAUCUACGUUGAAGUCAGAUACAGCCCACACUACCUGGCUAACACUGACGUAGAACCCAUUCCAUGGAACCAAAAAGAAGGUGACCUGAGCCCAGAUGAGGUUGUUCGCUUGGUGAACCAGGGUCUGACCGAGGGAGAGAAGGCAUUCAACAUCAAAGCCAGGUCCAUUCUGUGCUGCAUGCGCCACAUGCCAAGCUGGUCCAUGGACGUGGUGCAGUUGUGUAAGAAGUAUAAGGAGGAUGGAGUGGUGGCUAUUGAUCUGGCAGGAGACGAGUCCCUCAACUGUGAGGCCUACCCAGGACACAGGAUGGCCUAUGAGGAAGCAGAGAGAUGUGGGAUCCACAGAACAGUCCAUGCUGGAGAGGUGGGCCCUGCCUCUGUGGUGAAAGAGGCUGUGGAGGUCCUGAAAGCAGAGAGAGUAGGACAUGGUUACAACACACUGGAGGACCAAGUGCUGUACAAACAACUCCUGGAGCAGAAUAUGCAUUUUGAGGUGUGUCCCAUAUCCAGCAAACUGACUGGAGCGUGUGAUCCAGACUUCACCAAGCAUCCUGUCAUCACCUUCAGAAAGGAUAAGGCCAACUACUCCCUGAACACAGACGACCCUUUGAUUUUCAACUCCACCCUGCACUUAGACUACAGCACUGCCCAGAAGUACAUGGGCUUCACCGAAGAGGAAUUCAAGAGACUGAACAUAAACUCUGCUAACUCCAGCUUCUUGCCUAAGAAGGAGAAGAAGGAUCUUGUCAACAAGUUGUAUGAAGCCUAUGGAAUGGUGGAGAACACUGGCUUUUAAAUGAAGCACUGAUCAGAGCUGCAACACAACAACCCAGGCACCUACCACUUUGCCAAAUAAGAUAGCCUAUAGGACCUAUUUGAAUCAUCAUGCCUACAACUUACUUCCCAGCUUUUAUUUCCUUCGGUGGAAAUAGUUUUUACCCCACUUUUUUUUUUUUUUUUUUUUAAUGGGCACGCUUCAGGUAAACCAGCUCAAUACCAAAAAAGUUCUAAACAUUUAAUAUUGUUGUUGUAGUCCUAGUUAUGAGCACUAGAUGGCAGACUAUCUAUUGCUGUACUGUUCUCACUGGGUGGAGAGUAAAGCCUACUGAAGUGGUCUUACCGUUUUUAGAAUAACUUAUGUAUAAUAUGUUGUUCUCUGAGAUAGAAAAUUACUAAAUGAUUUACUCUAAAUCUAUUUUACUAAUUGAAAAGCGGUUCCAUUUAAUAAAUUGCUUCCGUGGAGGACAAUGUUAAAAUAUGAGCAACAUCUACAAUAAAAACACUUUUGCAUCUUAAAA